AGAAAGGCCGUGUCAAAAAUAAAAAAAUAAAAGAUAUUGAAAUAUGUUUUGCCCACAAUUUCUAUCAUGUCACAUGGUUUUGAACUGCAGUCCUGGGCAGCUGUUGUCCUACAUAUUUAUCUGUGCUACUCUCAUCAGCUCGUCUAAACCCGGUUCUUAGUUAAAUAUCAAAUCCUUUGUGAGCUGGAUCAGGUUUGUGGUGGACAAAAUAAUAUGUUUAUAGUUAGAAUGACUGACUGACUGUCUAGACCAGUCUCAACACAGGACUGGACUUCACCUCUGUAUCUAACGAUGUACUGCACAUGCUCAGGAACAUAGCUGCGCAACUGCACGGACUUUUCAGCCGCUGUCUCCAGCAGAGGGCGCUCUGAGUUUACUGCGCUGGGCGUCUGCCGCGUCAAUGAACAUGCAAGAACUUGGAAAGCGGCUCUCGGGACUGUGGUUUGUGCAGCGGCAGUACACACAGGAGGCGGUGUAUUUAGGGCUUGUGCACUCCCUCUGAAACGCACAUCUCACCACCACACAUCUCACCACAGACUGGAGAAGAAACCAAUCUUCUGCUGCUCGCAGGAAGAAAACAAACACGCACUGGACCAGCUGUAGAUUUCUGUGGAUUAUCAAUCAGUCGUGUAUGAGGGUCUGACUGCGACAUAAUCUCAACAACACACUCAAUAUACAAAUUAAGUGAAAUCUCAUCUUCAUAGCCCAUAUGAGUGAGCGAUGCAGCAGCCGUGAGCAGCAGAGCAACUGUGUUUGUGUGUAAAUAAAGAUUUAUCAGUGUAGUGUCUGUUCACUCGCUGCGUUUGACCUGGUCCACUAUAUCUGUUUCUCUGAAAGAUGUCGACGGCUGAAAAUGGAGUCGGAGGACCAAGCAGCGAGAAAACCUAUAAAAAGGCUGAGGAACCCAAUGACAACAUCAUCGUCGGCUAUUAAGGGAGCCAUCCAGUUGGGCAUUGGUUACACUGUAGGGAACUUGACCUCAAAACCUGACCGAGAUGUUCUCAUGCAGGAUUUUUACGUGGUGGAGAGUGUGUUUCUGCCCAGCGAGGGCAGUAACCUGACUCCAGCACACCACUACCCCGACUUCCGGUUCAAGACCUAUGCCCCAUUGGCCUUCCGGUACUUCAGAGAGCUGUUUGGAAUUAAACCAGAUGACUACCUGUACUCGAUCUGCAAGGAGCCCCUAAUCGAGCUGUCCAACCCCGGGGCCAGCGGCUCACUCUUCUACCUGACCAGCGAUGACGAGUUCAUCAUCAAAACUCUACAGCACAAGGAGGCUGAGUUUCUGCAGAAACUGCUGCCUGGCUAUUACAUGAACCUCAACCAGAACCCCAGGACGCUUUUGCCAAAGUUCUACGGUCUCUACUGCAUGCAGUCAGGUGGAAUGAACAUACGUGUGGUGGUUAUGAACAACGUCCUGCCACGCUCUGUAAAAAUGCACUACAAAUAUGACCUCAAAGGUUCCACGUACAAACGGCGGGCCUCUCGAAAAGAACGUGAGAAGUCCUGUCCCACUUACAAGGACCUGGACUUUCAGGACAUGCAUGAAGGCCUGUACUUUGACACAGAGACUUAUAAUGCUUUGAUGAAGACCCUACAGCGUGACUGUCGGGUGUUGGAGAGCUUUAAGAUCAUGGAUUACAGCUUGCUCCUGGGCAUACACGUGCUGGAUACACAGAACCACAGAGAAGCAGAUGGAAGUGUAGUAGACGGCAGGCGUCCUGUCGGACAGAGGGUUCUCUACUCCACCGCCAUGGAGUCCAUCCAGGGGGGUGGCAAGGCAGCAGAGGCCAUAACCACAGAUGAUACAAUGGGAGGAAUCCCAGCCAGAACUAACAGGGGCGAGAAGCUGUUGAUUUUUUUGGGGAUAAUUGACAUCUUGCAGUCGUACAGGUUUAUCAAGAAGCUGGAGCACUCUUGGAAAGCACUUGUCUACGAUGGUGAUACGGUGUCUGUCCACAGGCCGAGCUUCUAUGCAAACAGGUUUCUCAAAUUCAUGAGCACCAGAGUUUUCAGAAAAAUUCAAACAAACCGGUAUUCUCCAUCAAAGAGAGUGCGUAACUCCAUAGUCCCGAUGAAAUCAUCCUCUCAGGAGCUGCUGUCCCCUCAGAGGGAAGACAGAGUAGAAGACAGGGCCGAGAGACUUGUGGCAGCCCGCAGUCUUGCCAGUCUGGAUGGACAAGUGUGCACUUAUUACCGGCGACCUGACCUGGUCCCAGUCACAGCUGCCUACGGUGAACCUUCUUCAAUGGCCACUACUAUGUCCGUCAACGACAGAUACAUGCCUCCUAGAUCAAACUACCGAUAUCCUGUCAACUCGUACUCUAACUACAGGAUGGCAGACAGCGCCAUCUGUCUGACUUCCGAGCAAAGCACAGUGGACACAGACCGAGACGACGGCUCAGUGCUGGAUGUUUACUUUUAAGGAGCCAUGAGAUGAUCGUUAUCGUCUUCCUCAUCACUCUUCAUUACCCACUCUGGACACUUUCUCGUCUAAGAUGCACACCAGGAUUUGCUAAUGAAAGACUGGACAUCUACCAUUAUCCUAUUAUAUGAUAGGAAAGGAAAUUAGAUGUUUUCUGUGUGUCAUGAAGUUACCGCAGGACAGAGAUGGUGUUUUAUGCCUGCGAAGAGGCGAGUAAGCCUGAACAUGCAGCCUGUGGCCUAAGCAUCCACAGUCAUCAAGUAGUGUGUGUGUGAAUUAUUGUGGAAAAAAAUGCUUCUGACGGGUCAAAGACUGCUUUGUUUAGAUCAGAUUUUGUAUGUUUGCAGCUUUGUAGCUCUUUUGCACCCAAGCAACACACAAACAGCAGAUCAUUCACGACUUGAUUGCUGAAAACUCAACAUUGGGUUUCGAAAUGCAAAAGUGUCAUACAGUGAUGAUAUUGCCUCUAUUUAUAUUGCUAGGAUAUCUAGUGGACUAGAUUAAAAAGUAGUUCAAUUCUGAAUGUUUAGUCUUUCCUACAUGAUACGAAGUACUUUCUCGGUAUGUCAGAGAAAUGAAUGAUAUUUUCAGCUGAACAUGAAAAGACGUUGAAUUUGUCCUUUUCAAAUCAUAACGCCAAAAAUGACUUCUUGCUAUGGGCGGCGUGGUGUUUGAUGAUAAGUCUAAGUUUUAUAUCGGUCAAGAAUUAUAUGCGAAGUCUGGCAUAUUUCAGUUUAAACAUGUAAACAUGUGAGUUUGUGUGCAGUAGAUGUUCAAAAACGAAGGAUUUUUGAUAGCUACGAUGUAGAUCUACAGAGAAUAUUUUGUGAAGGGUGGGGAGUGUUUCAUAUUUGUGAAUCUGUUCCAUUAAGAGAUAUUUCAUAUUGAAGCAUCCUGUUAUGUGCUUUAUAUUAUUUAACAGUGUGCUUCUGUUUUACACAGACAAAUGUUUAACAAGUGAUUCGUAUAAAAAAAAUAGUCUUUUGAAUAUCAUUAUUGCACCUUUGUAGAUUAUAAUUUAUGAAAUGGCUUUCAAUAAAGACUGUAUAUUGUA